AUGGCACUGGGGACGGAAGUUUUUGAGGCGUUCUCCGUGACUCACGAGAUGCGUGCGCCAAAAGGAAAGGUGGUGAACGAGGAAAAACGGAUGGCAGAGUUCAACAAGUUCCUAACCAGUGUGCAAGACAAAUGCCAUUCUGUGCUCCUAGCCUUCAUCCCUUCGGUCCGCUACAUUCAGCAGACAGAGGCCUCCCUGUCAGACCAAGCACAGGACGCACUGCUGCAGGGAGUGGAGGCGGUAUGGGCAGUGGUCACUGCGCUCCCUCAGUCUUGCUCUGCCUUCAUCGCCCACGAGGGGUUGCAGGUCACUCUUGGGCUGCUUGCCUGGCCUUCAUGGCUCCUGCCCUCGACCCCGUGCAUGGACCGCACCAUGCUUGCGAGCAAGUUGCUAAAGGAGUACAGCCUGCAGUUCUUGGCUCUUUCCACUAUCAAAGAAUCAGUAUUCGGCAGUGUUCCAGCAGCCCGAGCCUUGCACUCUCUCAAUGCCGUGCCACACAUCGCUCAGUUCAUCCGAUGGACCUCCUUGGUCUUUGAAAAACCUGGUUCCCUCGAGUCCAACUCUCCCAGCAAUGUCGCCUCCAAACCGAGCAGUGCUGCCGAUGCUGCAUUCCCCUCUCACCCCGCUGAGCGCGGCGACCCAUUCACAGACAUGACAACCUCUGAACAGACUGGCAUGGGGAUGGGUAUGGGCAUGGAUGCCCUCUCUGCAGCCAUGGACGAGCACCUGAGUGUGGGCGGACAGCUGGCAGCGUGGAACUUGAGGGCGGCAGCAGCUUGCAACUUGAUCAUGUCGUUUUUGUGGGAUGGAAACGAGUGGGUCCUUGCUCCAAUUCUCUCGGAGUCUCAAAUAAGUGGAUCUCGCCGUUGGGGUGCAGCAGCGGCAGGAGGCGCGCUAGGAGAGGUUGAAAAGCUGGAUGCAAAGAGGGCAUAUGGAGAGGAGAUCAUGGCAGAUGUCAUUUCUGUGUUCCUGCACGCCUUCCACCCGGUGAAACUGGGAGACACUGACUGGCUGGACGAUGCAGCAACAGUGAUGUUCCAGAAUUCCUCGACUGAGCUUCAGCACUAUGUCGUGCGUGUCCUGCGCUUCCUCCUGGGGUCACAUGCCAACGCGCUUAGCCACUUCCACACCGCCAACGUCGCGCCUUCUCUAUUCUCCCGCCCUUUCUUCUUCUUCGACUCCGUUCUUCUCUCUGAAGAAAGCACAGCUCGCACAGCAAGUGGGGCUGCUGUUGCAGGAGAUAGUAAAGCAAGUGGCGGAGCAGCUGGUGAAGGCGCUGGAACGCCUCCUCUCUCCAUCCCCGUUCCAUCUCCGGGACCCAUUCUUUGCAAUUCCUCUGGUCUCAGAAAUGAGUUCGGCUCUCCCAGCAUUACAACCCCACAUAACCCAGCUGCAUGGCUGGACCCUCCCAAGCUGUCCACUGCUUCACCCCAAGUCCCUGCAUGGACCCCUUCCUCCAUUGCUGCUGCGCGAGGCAGUCCUGCCCUUUCCACCCCGAAACUCCAGGGUUUAGGCAGUCAGGAGGAAAGUACAGGUUGGCGAGAUUGGCAGAACGCGCAGCCAUCAAGAGCACAAGCUGGGGGGGUUACACCGGUGAAGAGCACGGGGUCAGGGGAAAGCCACGUGGUCAUGCUGCAACCUUCAGGCGCUGACAAAAGGGAAUCCAAAGAUUUGGAUGCAGACAAGGAGUAUGUUGCUCUUUCAAUUGAUCGCAAUGCUGAGGAUCUUAGGAGCAGCAUUCUUGCACUCGUUGAGCUCUCUGCCUCCCUGGACUGGCAAGAGGACCUCCAGCAAGAAUUCCAUGCUGUCCUCCAUGCCCUGCGCAGCUGCUGCCGAGUACCAUCCGAAUCUCAGCUGCUGUCUCAUGCCCUGCAGCGCAUGCUCCAGGGUGGAGACCGAAUCGUGCCUUGCCUUCUCACCACUGCAUGCGGCGACCACAUCGGGGAGGUCAUUGAACGGCAGCAGGCUGCUUACCUCUGCAUGGAUGCUCAAGGCUUCUUUCUUGAGCCCAUGCAUGCUGCUUCAAAAGUGGCUGACGGUGUCACUGAUGCUGCUGGUGUAACUGCAGCAGGUGAAACUGCAUCAGUGGUGUCUCGGUCAGGUCGUCUGGUUCUUGAGGUGGAAUCGCUGAGAGAGGAGUGGCAGGAGGCGAGGGAGGUGGUGCUGAAGCUUCUGGAGUCGUAUCUAGAGUGCUCACCCUCUCUGCUGGCUCAGGCUGCCACCAGCCCACAGACGUUCAUGCCCUUGCUAUGGCUGCUGCGGGAAAAAAACUUGCGACCCUUGGCUCUUCAUCUCCUUUCCCUGAUCAUGAAUGCCCCUGUUUCUGAACCAUCGGUUAAGUCAACUCUGUUCAAGCGGUACUUUGAGGCCAUGACUGUGGCACGCAGUGGCAAGAAGUUAGGAGGCGCGGGUGGAGGAGGAGGAGGAGAUGGGCGUGGUGUUGGGAGAGGUGGAACUGCGGCCGGUGGUACAGGGCUCAGUGCGGCAGACGCAGCCGAACAGCUACAGGCGAUGCUGGCAGUGGUGCAGGAGGUGGUGAAGGAGGAUGAGAGCUCAGUGAACCAGAACCUCUGUGUGAAAGUGGACGCCUUUCCUCGCCUCAUUGGCCUGUUACGGGUGCAGUACGAGGAGGAAGCUGGCCGUUCUCUUGCCAUCAUGAUCCUGCGCACUCUCACCCUCCUGUCCGUGUGCAAUGAAGCUGCCAAGGCUGUGCUGGUCAAGCAUGUUGGCCCAGGCUUCCGUUCCCUUGCGCUGUACCUGCCCCCUCAUUUCGAUGGAGCCUGCCCGCCGGUGCUGCUGAGUGCGGUCAUGGACAUGGCCAUGGACUGCCUGGCCGGGGAUCAGGCCCAGGGCAGCAUCCACUCACCCAAUGCCGUCAUCCUCUGGCUCCGCUUGCUGCACAAGGCCGACCCUCAGCAGAUAGUUUCUGGUCUCCAGUCAUUGCACAACCUGCUUGACUGCUCUGCUGGCAACUGUGCUGCCUGCUCCCGUGCUGGCCUCAUGUUUGACCUCCUAGAGUGGCUGGGAGAGCUGGAAGGGGAGCAUCUGGACGGCACUGAACCCAAGGAAGGCGUCCUCUGGGGAAAAGUUCGGGAGAGUUAUAGGAAGCGCAUGGAUGAGACAGGGGAGCGUGGGGCGGAGAAAAUCGAUAUGGUUGGCACUGGAGGUGGUAAGAAUGAGGGGGAAAGCAGAGGGCGCAUGGUGAAGCUGACCCAAGAGAAUAUGGAGGCGAUACUUGCUCUGUUGUCGAAGCUGAUAGCAAAGCUGGGCCAGCACAGCAUCAACGGUAAGGAGAUUGCUGCGAUCUUCAAGCUGAUGAGGAGCACCGCUGAUGGAUGCCGUCCCAAGAGGGUGUCAUUGCUGCUUCGCACACUCGUGGGCGUGCUAAGUCAUGAUGGCCCGCCUUCUUACUUCGAGAUGGACGGGUCUGAGUCGGUGGCUGGAUCACGGGACGUGAUAGUGGAGGUGCCUCACAGCAUGGCCCUGCGCCACUGGCAUCACAUCGCCAUCUCCCACUCCACCGCAACCUUCUCCUCCGCUAGCAUGCUCCGAGUCUACAUAGACGGCGUUCUGGUAGGCAAGGCUAAGUGCAGCUAUCCGCGCCUGCAAGACCCUCUGAUUCGCGCCACCAUAGGAGCCUCUGCUCCUCUGCCCCAGUCGGAUCCUCGCUCCUCUCACCUGUUCCAGACCUCUCAUCCUUUUCAGGGUCAGAUUGGCCCCAUCUACCUUUUCAGCGACUAUCUCACUUCCCCUCAGCUCUCUUGCAUCCACAAGCUAGGCCCUGGCUACAAUCACACGUUCCAACCCACGGAUGUAGCCCUCCUGCGUACACAAGUGGACAAUGCAAUUCUCGCUCUCUUUGACGGACCCAACUCGCUCAGCUCCCGCAUCGCUCUAAGCUACAACGCACAAGCAUAUGCUGCCGGUCUGGUUCUUGAUACCUCCCCUGCCUGGCUGCUGUCCCAGCAGCAAGCUGCUAACAGCGCUGCCGCCGCAGCUGCUUUGGCCCGUGCGAGUGUCUCCCCGGUUCAUGUGUUUGACGCGACAAUGCUUUCAGGAGUGCAGCGGUGCCAUCGGCAGCGGCUACAGCAGGUGUUGAGCACAGUGGGUGGCGUUUCAGCCCUCUUGCCUCUCUUCACGCAGUUAGAUCUACCAGUUGUGGGAAGCGAUAGCAGCAUGGGGGAGGGAAGGGUGGUCGAAGGGGAUGGGCAGUUGGCAGUGGAUAUUAUCAACCUGCUUACAGAGAUCCUGGCUGGGAGCGCGGGCAGUCAGCAGGCGAUUCUGUCUAUUGGGGGUUUUUCUGUUAUCAACUUCUUGUUGCAGCAUGUCUCACCCACACACCUGACAGCUAGUCUCGUGCUCACACUGGAGAACAUGGUGGACUCAUUCGCUGAAGAAAAUGAACAAAGCCUUCGAGAGCGCUUGGUUCGUGGUGUCAUCCUCUCUCUAUACAUGGACGCCUCUCUCUGGAUUUAUGCGCCAUACAUCGUGCAGCGGGAGCUCUUUGUAUCCCUCCAGCGCCACAUGGAGCGACGAUCGUGGCUCGUGCCCUCCGUCUGCUCCCUUCCCCGCCUCCUAGAUAUCGUUCGUCGGGUUUACUGGGACAAGCCGCAGGGCCGACAUGCCAUCGGGGUGAAGCCCCUAGUAGAGCCUGUCACUCGGCGUGUGCUCGGCACACGCCCGCUUCCUCAGCAAGUGGCCAAGCUGCGACUGCUGGUUCUGAGUCUGCUGCAGCACGUCCUGAAAGGCGGGUUCACAGAGGCAGAUGUGAAGGCGCUGGUGGUGUACAUGGAGGCGAGCAAGGACGCUGGGGCAGUGAAGGAUGUGCUGCAAACAAUCUUCAGGCUGAUUGCACAGCCCAACCUUGCCAAGUCGUUUCUGGAGCACAUAUCAGCACUAGCUGGACCGCAAAUAUUUGUUGGAAUGCUUGCUAGGCCGCAGGAAGAGAUUCGCCUCCUCUCGCUGUGUCUCAUACUCACUCUGAUGAACGAAACCAAGAAGCAGGCCCCAGAAGUCAAAACUGGCACCAGGGGGGCAUCCGGCAGAGGAGGCUCAAGCCGAACUCGAGGCUCAGCACGGACAGGAGGGUUAGGGAGGAACUGGCUUGGGAUGCAGGAGGAGGAGGAGGAGGGGGAUGAGGACGAGCUUUGGGAGGCAGAGCAGGAUGAGAAGAUGCUUCUCGACCUUGCGUGCCAGCAUCUGAUGCCUUUCGGUCUCUCUCCUGGAAUUGAGACUCUGCUCUUUGAUCUUCUGCUUGGUGCAUCACCCACCGAUCACCAGUCGGUUCGAAAGCACACACAUGAGGCCAUGGUUCACAAAAAGAUCCCGCCCAAAACCUCUCAUGCCGUUCCUCCUCGCAUGCCUAUGCCAUCAGCGGGACAUUCGACACCAACUAAUGCAGCAGCACCGGCAGCAGCAGCAGCAGAGGGAGCAAUACCGUCCUUUGGCAUGCCCCGCAGUGCCUCUGCCCCGCAUCCCCCUGAGCCUGAGCCACAAGGAGCAGCAAAAAGCAGAGCUGCGCAAGGAAGAGCUCAUGGAGAAGAUGAAGAACAAUCAUCAGUCCAAGCAGUAGUUUCAGAUCCAGUGCCUGCAACUCCAGCCAUAUCCACCUCCUUUAGUAACUUCUCGUCUGGUGGCAAGCCCUCCCCCUGGGGCGUCCUUCCUCGCAAGGGUGGAGGAGAUACAGGCAGCUCGCGCAAGUCAAUAGUGAAACCGGAGAUGCUAAGGCUGCUGCUGCCUCUUAUUGUCGGUCAGCUGAGGCUGGCGGCCAGCUCGUCCGGAGCAGGUAGCAGAGGGGGUGUAGGCAGAAGCGGGUCAGGCAGCAGGCCGGGGAGUAGCAGCAGUGGUGCUGGGGAGGGUGGUCUGUCAGGGCGAGGAGUGAAGGUGGUGGAGGAUACGCUGAAAAAGCUGGGUGAUUUAAUCUCCAACAGCAAAGCCAAUAGACUCAAGCUGCUGGAGCAACGGGGCUGGCAGCAGUGGUUGCUGGAUAUUGUGGUCACCGGUUUGGACCUUACAGCCCCGAGGAAUUGCGGGUUCAAUGCCGAGCAUGCAGCCAUAGGUAGAGACACGGCAGAGCAGCACUCUCAGGGAAGGCCCUCAGUUCCAGGAGCAGAGGGGAGAGGGAAGGACGCAGUGAAGGCUGAGGAAGGGCAACCGCCGCCGCCUCUUCAGCAAGGGGGAGGGUUGGAACUGGUGUGGGUGCAUGUGCGGCGCAUUUUCCUGGCGGCGCACUCGUUUGCAAUGCAGAAGGUGCAGGGCGGGUGGAGGCAUGUGGCGGAAACGGUCAACGUGUUGCGCAUCUAUGGUGAACGGGGCAAGCUGCCAUACGCAGGUCUGCUGCGUGUGCUUCUGGGCGAGUUGCUGGGCGUGGUGCCUCUGCUGUGCUCCACGCGGGACCAUCUGCUGGAGCAGCCCGUGCACGCCAACCUGCUCUACCUCUUCGUCCUCGUGCAAGAGCUCGUCAUCCGCGACUCCUCCUACAUCUUCCCUCCUCGGCACCUUCCAGAGAGGGACUCAGGGAAGGCUGUCGAUCCUUCCAGGCGGAGUGCCACUGGUGACGCUCUUGAGAGGGGAAAUGAUGGCAAUAGUGCUGCUGGCGAUGGCAGUGCUAAUGGUGGCAUUGCGGGAGGGAGUCGAGAAGAGGAUGCGGAAGCGACAGGAACAGGCGAAGAAACACAGGGGACAUGGAACAGAAUGGAUCGGAGUGCGCUUUUGUCUAUCUUCCAGCAUAUGCUUCCUGAUGACGAAGUGGGCCCUGCUGCCGCCAGUGCAGAGCUCUCAUGCAGUAUCUUGGGCUCCAAGGUGGUUGAAAGCAAGUGGCGGGUGUACGAGCACUUCUGGACGGUCAUUACCAUCAUGCACAACAAGGCCGAGGCAGCAGAGGCCCUUGCUGCAGGCAUGCUCCAAUCUGACGAUGAUGAUCCCGACACACCACACCUGCCUGUUCACCCAGCGUUCCUCCCACCUCCCCAGCCGCCCUCGCCUCCUCACCGCUCCUUCCUCCAGCCCAAACCCGAUUCCUCAGCUGCUUCUGCUGCCGCGCCGCACGUGCAGCAGGGGAGUGGGCGACAUGGGAGCGACAAGGGGAGUGGGAGACAAGGGCUGUUGCGAAGCAUAACGGUCACAGCAGAGGCUGUAGAGAGUGAGAGGCCAGCAGGCGAGGUGGCAUUGGAGGAGGUGGAGGAGCAGAUGCUGGACUUGGCUCGGCAGGGGUGUCCGUGGUUUGUGCUGCGCCUGGUGCUGAUCUACAUGUUCGAAGCUGAGCUGCCCGCGCUUCAUCGCUGCCUGAACCACUUCGUGGUGCUCCUGCCUGUUGUCUUCCCUAAUGAUGAUGACAGCCGUCUGCACAACCAGGCGCACCUCUUCCUCUGGGCACUUCUUGAAGCCAGGGCGCUAGUGGGUGACAUGAAUGACGGGGCUCGAGGCCACAUCAUAGCCCAGUGCACUCGUGACGUCUUCCUAGCGAUCAUGCCCAUCCUGGCACGCUGCAUCGAUGAACGGGGCGGCCCUCCCGCGUACACCCCUGUGGACUUCUCUCAGAUGACAGGAGGCUUGCUGGAUGAUGAGGGGGAGGAGGAGGAGGAUGAGGAGGAGGAAGAUGAUGAGGAUUCGAAUGGGGAAGUUUUCGCUUAUGGAAUGGGGAGUAACAGCAGUGGCACAGGGCGUGGGGCAGCUGAAUCGUCUGGGCUCUCUGAGGCAGGGUCGCAGGGUGCGGCAGGGGAGGGGGAGCAGCAGAAGCAUCCUCUUUAUGAAGUGAUCCAUGCCGACAGAGUGCACAGCGCAGCGCGCACUGAGUGCGACCACGUCAUGUUCAUCGUGACCUCCCUCAAUGACAGCCUGGUGGACAUCCAGCCAGACAUAGAAGCAUGGGAGGAGGCUCAGCAGGAGCGGCGGCAGGAGGUGGAGCAGCAGCGGCGAAGCGCGCUCGGCGGGAUGAUGGAGCAGGAAGCAAAGCGACGAGCGGUUGCGACUCUUGCGUAUGCUGAGCAGCUGCAGAACGCCAAGGCAGUGUGGAACACCCUGUACAGGCAGAUGACCAGCGAAAGGGGCCCCUGGUACUCUGGCCCGUCGCCUGACGACCCUCCACCCCGCUGGAAGCUGGAUAAGGCAGAGGACCCUCGGAGGCGUCGAUUCCGCAUGCGUCCAAACUACCGGUUUGAUGAAAACUUUUGCAUUGGUAAAGGAGAGGAGCGGAACUUGGGUGGGGGAGGGAAAGAGAAGGGUGGUGGAGGUGAGGAAGGUAAGGGGGCAGACGGGACGUCAGAGGGGAGUUGGUUGGAUAGGUCAGGACCGGAUGCCAGGAGCUUCCGCAGGUACACGAGUGAUGCUGGUAGUUCAGUGGCGGGAGAUGCUUCGGCUUCUAUUGGCGGGAGCAGCUUUGGCAUGGGGGAUGGAAUGGCACGAGCAGGAUCAGUGGGAGGGGAUCUGCAGCAGCACGGGAGGGUAGUGUCGAGUGUGAACGUGGACCGCGACUUGAUGGAGGAGAUGGCGCUGCUGCAGCAGAGCAACGAGCAGAGCCAGUCAGGGCAGGGAGGGAAGAAGGGCGUGCAGGAAGGGGGGUUGGAAGGGACAGGUGUGGCAAGUGCAGGUGUGGCAGGUCCGGCGGAAGGCAUGCCAGGGGUUUUGGAAGAGAUCCCCUGCAUCCUCCUGACCACCAAGCGCAAGCUGGCGGGCCGUCUGCACAUCUCCCACACAGAGCUGCAUUUCUACGUGGACUUUGCCAUGGACAGCACCGAAGAUUUCCUGCUUUUCCACCCCGACGGCUCCCUCCACAACCCCCACUCCGUUUCAUCCUCUGGCUCCGUUUCCGGCGGAGAGAAAAUCCCUCCUAAGGAACGAUGGAAGCGUGUGAUACAGAAACUGUUGUUUGUAGCUAGGUUCCAGCCAAACGAGAAGACUCUGGAGAAGGUGACAGUGAGGAUGCGCAAGCACACGGAUAUUCUGGAUGACGUGAAGAUGCACCGAAUGUGGUCGCUCUCUGAACUCGCUCGCAUCCGCAUGACACGCUACCUCCUCCGCCCAUCCGCCUUCGAGCUUGAUUUUUCCUCGUCGCAGCCCCCUGCCUUCUUCUCCUUCUCCUCGCCUCAGCUAGCUGAUAAGGUCGCCCACCGUAUUCUGGCUAUCGCCAACCGCAGGACCACAGCUCGCAGCAGCAAGCUGGUUGACUUUGUGGACAGGAAGAGAGGGCAGGAGCUGGCAGAGAAGGCGAGGUCCCAAUGGAGCAAGCGGAAAAUCUCCACCUUUGAUUACCUCAUGAUCCUUAACACCCUGGCCGGGCGCACAUACAACGAUCUGAUGCAGUACCCUGUUUUCCCGUGGGUUAUUGCGGAUCAUACCUCGGCCAAGCUGGACUUGUCGAAUGGAGAGACGUUCCGAGAUUUGAGCAAGCCGGUUGGGGCACUGAACCCCAAGAGACUAGAGCUGUUCAAGGAGCGAUAUGACAGCAUGGAUACGGACAUUCCAGGCUUCCUGUACGGAUCGCAUUACUCCUCUGCUGGCGUCGUGCUCUACUUCCUCAUCCGCAUGGAGCCUUUUGCCACGCUCCACCGGCUGCUGCAGGGGGGGCGCUUUGACCAGGCGGAUCGUCUGUUUGACAGCGUGGCGUCGGCGUGGGACAACUGUCAGAGCAACACGAGCGAUGUGAAGGAGCUGCUGCCGGAGUUCUUCUACCAGCCAGAGUUUCUGCGCAACAACUGCUGCUUCGACCUGGGCCUCAGGCAGGACGGGCAGGCGCUUGACAGUGUCAUCCUGCCUCCCUGGGCCAAGGGCUCUCCAGAGGAGUUUGUGCGCCUGCAGCGGGAGGCCCUGGAGAGCGAGCACGUGAGCGAGAGGCUGCACCACUGGAUCGACCUUGUGUUUGGCUACAAGCAACGGGGGGAGGCGGCUGUUCAGGCGGACAACGUAUUCUACUACCUCACCUACGAAGGCGCUGUGGACAUUGAUGCAAUCACCGACCAGACAAGGCGCACAGCCUUCGAACAACAGAUCGCCGCUUUCGGCCAGACUCCCAUCCAGCUCUUCACACGCCCCCACCAGGAGCGCGGCCCGCACGUCCAAAUCACCCGCCCACUUCGCUUCUUCCCCUCCUCCAUCUCCCUCUCCGCCAUCAUCCCAGCUCCCCCCACCCCGGCUGUUUCCUCCACUGUGGUUCCUGCUUUUGCUGGGGGCGUGGGGGGUCCUGCGGGGAGGACGAGGGGGGGCAAGGGGAGGUCGGAGGAUGAUAUGGCUGUGGUGUUUAUGGGGGUGAUGGGGCGCACGGUAGUGAGUGUGACGAGGGGGCAGGUGCUGACAGUGCGCUCGUGGAAUGCUCCAAAGAAGGGCGUGAAAGUGGGCAUGGACUAUAGCAUCAGCGUGGGCGACCCAAGCCGAGUGUGCAGGAUUGGAGCGCCUCUCUCUGCUCCCGGAGCUAGCAGCUACGGCGACUGCUUCGGAAUCGUACCAGGAGCCACCUCACCAUUCCUCUUCUCCGGGGGCCACUGGGACAAUGCCAUUCGCAGCACGUCGGUAGACGAUGCUGCCACUGUUCAGGCGCUGCAGCAGCACAGUGACCUCGUCACCUGCCUUUCAGUGUCCAACGACGGUAACUGGUUGGCCACAGGCAGCCGCGACACAACAGUCAUGAUCUGGCGCAUAGACCACCUGGGAGCGCACACACAUGCUCAAGGCGACCCCUUCAUCUCCUCCAAGCCCCGCGCAGUGCUCUGCUCCCACGACGAUGCCGUCACAGCUGUCAUCGCCUCCUCCGAGCUAGAUUUGAUUCUUUCCGCCUCCCUGGACGGCUCCCUCGUCUUUUCCACUCUCCGUGCCGCCCGGUUCCUCCGGUCGCUGCAACACCCCAACGACUGUGCAAAUGAGGCGCUGCGCAUUGCCCUUUCUGCGCCUCUCGCUCGCGUCGCAGUCUACUCUGAUGCCGCCCGCAUGCUUCAUGUGUGCUCCAUCAAUGGGGGGUGGCUGGAACAUGCACUAGUGGACGAACCAAUCACGCAUCUUACCUUGUCUCGUUGUGGAGAGUUCCUUGUUACGGCAUGCAGCGCAGGGUGGGACACUGGAGGAGCGGGUGGCGGAAGGGGGGUGGGUGCCAGUGGUCGGGGAGGGGGGGGGUCAGAAGCUGGAAUGGUAGUGGUGAGAUCCAUGCAUACACUGGAGCCGUUGCUGCUGUUUGAUGGGGUGGAGUCGCCUGCUGCAUCAAUCACAACAACUGAUGAGGACGCCAUCCUUGUGGGGCUGGAGGAUGGCAGAAUGCUACUGUAUGCUCUCAAGCUCUCCUCGCAUUGA